AUGAAUACGAAUGAGUUGUCCAAAAUAAACACAAUAUCCUUGAGAGAACCUAUUUCUACUUUCUUUCCUGACAAGAUCUUCACACUCUCCAGAAGGCUGCAGGAUCUGUGUGUGAGAGACACGCUUUCUGAUGCAAGUAAAUAUGUCUACCUUUCAGCUAGAGUCAAUGACAAUCUUGUGGUUAGACCAUACACCCCCAUUUCUUGUGAUGAUAAAGGCUAUGUUGAUCUGAUAGUAAAGAUUUAUUCUAAAGACCAAAAUCCAGACUUCCCAGAAGGUGGCAAGAUGUCUCAGUACCUGGACAGCCUCUCUGUAGGAGAUAAGAUUGAAUUCCAAGGACCCAAAGGGCUUCUUAUGUAUGAAGGAAAAGGUCAGUUUUUAAUUCAACCAAAUAAGAGAUCCCUAGCCAUAAGAAAAUCUGUCCACCAGGUGGGAAUGAUAGCAGGAGGAACAGGUCUGACACCAAUGCUGCAGUUAAUCCAAAGCAUAUUAAAAGACCCAGAAGAUGAAACAAAAUGUUUCUUACUAUUUGCCAAUAAGACAGAACAGGAUAUUCUCCUGCGUGAUGACCUUGAGAAGCUAAAGGAAAAGGAUUCAGAACGCUUCAAGCUCUGGUUUACUGUGGAUAGUGCUCCAGAAGAAUGGGAAUACAGCCAAGGUUAUAUUGAUUCCAAGAUGAUCCAAGCGCAUCUACCUUCUCCUGCUGAUGACAUCCUCAUUUUACUCUGCGGUCCUCCUGCCAUGAUAACACUGGCUUGUAAACCCAGUCUGGACUUUUUAGGAUAUCAAGAAAAUAUGUAUUUUGUUUACUAAGUAUGUUUUGUUUUAUAUAUUCAUUUUUAUUUUGACCUUGUCAUUACAUAAUCAGUUACUGCAUUUCUGUCCAGCUGAACUUCUUUACUU